AUGGCCCCGCCUGUAUUUAUCCUCGACAACGGCGCGUCGACGAUCAAGUGCGGCUUUGCGCAGCUCAACCCCAAGCCGCGGCUGAUUCCCAAUCGUGUCGCUCGUCUCACGAAGGGCUUCCGGCAGCUCUUCAUCGCAGAUGAGCUCGAGAAGUGUACUGCUUGGGAGGACCUGCAUUGGAGAGUGCCAUUUGAGAGGGGUAUACUCACCAACUGGGAUAUCGAGAAAGUUGUUUGGGACCGCGUCUUCUCCCCUGCUGUUAUGAACGUUGAUCCAAGAGAAUUAUCACUACUGGUCACGGAGCCACCAUUGAACCUCCCCAAUGUGGCAGCGAGUUAUGACCAGAUGGUAUUCGAGGAAUACGAAUUCGCGUCCUACUUCCGAUGUACCUCGGCGGCGCUUAUACCCCAUGGAAAGUUAUAUGGUCCGAAAAUGCCUGAUGCUGCCAUUCUCGUCGAAUCCGGGCACUCGUUCACCCACGUCACACCUCUUCUCCGCGGUGUCCCCGUUCCUGCUGGUAUCCGACGGAUCGAUAUUGGUGGGAAUAUGAUGACGAAUCAUCUCAAGACAAUAUUGUCGUUUAGACAGUUUGAGAUGAUGGAUCUAGGCUGGGUGGUGCAGGAUAUAAAGCAUAGAUUAUGCUACGUCUCUCAAGAUUUCAAGGCCGAUAUCGAAGCUGCACACAUCACACAAUCUAAAGGCGCCGACGGGAAGAUUCCGCCCAAUCCCCUCUCGCGUUCCUACGUUCUUCCAGACCUCGCUGCCGAGAUGCUCGGUCACUCCCUCCCUACUGGCCGUGCCCGCUCUCCAACGCAUCCCGACCACCCCACGGUAUCUCUCACCAACGAGCGAUUCUCCAUCCCCGAACUGCUCUUCCACCCUUCCAAUAUCGGUCUCCCUCAAGCCGGCCUGGCAGAAUGCGUCCAGCAAGCGAUCGCUGCCCUGCCUGAGGAGGCAAGAGCGCUUGCAUGGUAUAACAUAGGCGUCAUAGGUGGGAGUACGAUGUUCAACGGGUUUUGCCAGAGGCUGGAGAGCGAGAUCCGCCGGAGAGCACCCACCCACUUUCGGGUUGUGAUCCACCAGGCUGAAGACCCAAUUACGUGCACGUAUACUUCUGCUGUGCCAUUCGCACAGUCGAGACAGUACCACCAGCUGGCGGUCACCAAACAGCAGUAUGAAGAAGUAGGGUCUUCGGGACUGAGACGGCUAUUGGCAGGCGACAAGCGCGCGUCGCUCACGCCUGUGCCUGCUAGUUCCAAGCGGAAAGCUGAACUCUUAGAAGAGGAUGAGGAUGAGGAGGACGGAGCGCACGCUACCGAGGAGGAAGACGAAGAGGAGGUGGUACCAAAGCGCGCAAAGGCGCGUGCAGGACGACGGGUGUCCGGCGCGGGCAGGGCCGGUAUAGGGAAGAAGAAGUCUGCCUCUGCCUCUGGCUCGGGCACACCCUUGCCUCCUACCCCUGCUCCUGCUCCUAUCCCUCUUGCCGCGCACGGCAGACAGACGCGGUCGCGCGCCAAAGCGGGCUGA